UAAGUACUACACAUACUAGCAGAAUAACAUCGUCAGCGGCCAGCCAUUGUCGUGAGAUGUGAAGAUUUUUUCGUUGUGGAUUAAGUUUCAAAACUGAGCAGUUAUUACAUAUUGAAGUUACACUGUUGACGCUAAGAUGCAUACAAUUCCGGAGUUAGGUACCAGUGUACCGGCAUUUCUUGCCAAACUUUGGAAACUGGUUGAAGAUCCUGAAACUGACGACCUUAUUUGUUGGUCACCCUAAUCGUUGUUGCGACGAUAAUAACUCAUUCGUAAUGCUAAUAUUGUGCAAGUGAACGAAUCAAACGUAAGCUAAACGUUGACCUCCGUAGCAUACAUUUUUACAUACACAACCUAUAUUUUGCGUGUACUCGACGUUGCUGUAAUAUAUUCCGUGCUUACUUCUAUGAUCACAUAAUGGGAGAAGUUUCUUUAUUCGAAAUCAGGCACAGUUUGCCAGAGAAUUAUUGCCACAUUAUUAUAAACAUAAUAAUAUGGCCAGCUUUGUUCGUCAAUUAAAUAUGUAUGGUUUCCACAAAAAGGUUUCUGUUGAACUAGGGGGUUUGAAAUGUGAUAGAGAUGAGAUGGAAUUUGCACAUCAGUUUUUUUGUAAAGGACAUCCAUAUCUUGUAGAACAUAUUAAAAGAAAAAUUGCAUCAAGCAAAGGCCAAGAUCCAGCACUUACUCCCAUUAAACCAGAACUAAUGAAUAAAAUGCUUAGUGAAGUAAGAAGCAUGAGAGGUCGUCAAGAACAUUUAGAUUCAAGACUAGGGGCUAUGAAAAGAGAGAAUGAAGCAUUAUGGAGAGAACUGGCAAUGCUUAGGCAGAAACAUCUGAAACAACAGCAAAUUGUUAAUAAACUUAUACAUUUCCUAGUUACUUUAGUGCAACCUUCAAGAAGUGGUGGUCUUUCUGUUAAAAGAAGAUAUCCCCUAAUGAUUGAUGAUUCUAAUCGUCAGCGUAACAAGCAAGCGAAAAUAUCAAAGUCACAAGCAUCACCUGCGGGUCCUGUGAUUCACGAGCUCGAUGCAUCAGAACCUGAUUUAGAUUCAGAGUAUAUUGUUGCAGAAAUGUUGGAAGGACAUUCAAAUCCAUCUAUUGAAAGCCCCGAACAUAACAAUACAUCAAUAAUGGAUGAUAAUAAUAUAGAAACUGUUCAUUUAGUUGAUAAUUCGGUUCAACUACAAGAUGAUAUACAAUUGAUUAAUCCGCAAGAAAUAGAUGCAAAAAAGAAACGUGGAUGUAAGGGUAAAAAGAAGAGGAAAAACAAGAUGCCUGUCAAAAUUUUGAUCCCAUCAACGGAGAAUGGAGAGGAACCGAGGGAAGAAACACAUUUACUUGAAAUGCCAUUAGAAGAUUCUCCAGUGACCAUUGCUUUAUUGGAAAAUAAAUCAAUUUCUAAACCAGUACCUGUGGCAACUGUACGUAGCUCAAAACUUGCAGCUAUGGCAGCUAAUAUGAAUAAAUCACCUGAUGCAGAGCAAGAGCUCGACUUAGAAAAUUCUGCAGAUAUGGAGGAUGAUGUACAGGAGAAUGAUUCUGCUUUGGUGAAACUCGAAGAUAUUUUAAUAGUACCAGAGAUUAUUGAUGAGGACGAUGGGGGCAACGAAAACGUGGAAUAUAAUGAAAACAACGGCAACACCGAGAUUAAUGGAAACGAGAAUACCUUGAAUCAAUUCAAUAAAGCAGAUGGUAACACUGAACAGAAUACUCAAAAAGAUUCAUAUACAAAUGAUGUUGAGAAAAAUAUGGAGAAGGAGAAAGUAAACUGCAACGGUGCGGGCACAAGCAAUUCAAAAAAUUUAUCUUUGAGUUGCGUCGUUACCUCUGGCAUGUCUGACGCUAGUUACAGGUUAGGAUCAAUGGAAGAAAUGGAUAAUCAUCUUGAAACAAUGCAAACAGAAUUGGAAAACCUUCGUGAAAUUCUACGUGCCGAAGGGUAUAGUAUUGAUGCGAAUACACUUCUUGGGUUAUUUGGAGCAGAUGACCCAAUGUCAUUUGGUAUGCCGGUUAAUCCCGAGUUGAAUCCACAUUCUGAAAAAGAGGAAGAUGAACAUGUUAAUGUAGCAGAAAAUAUGAAUGGAUCAGCAGCUGGUGGAGAACUUAUGACAUAUAAUCCUACACCGAAUUUAUUAGAUUUUGACGACGAUAUCUUUUUGGGUGCUACAUCUCCUGUCACCAGCACAGCAGGCGAUACAGCUACGACCAGUCUUUAUAAUUCGGAUCCUCUUGAUCUGGAGGAUAGCAAAACUUCGCUUCUGGAUUCCUUAACAAAUGAUGUGAACACUUCAUCGUAAAGUCUCAUUCCUAUGCUUUGGAGGAAAGACUGCUGGGUUUAUAAUUACCUCGUUGGUAAUAUCUACGUUUUAAUUAGCGAUAUGAUGCUAUGAACCCUGUGAAAAGUUUAGUACGUGAAAGGGAAAAGUGAGUUGAGAUAUAUCACAGAGGUUUGCUUAAAAUUCCUUGAAGAGGAAAGUAACAACAUAAAGAACCAAACAUGUUAUCUAGAUUGGAAGAGACAUUUAUCUUUACAUUGAUUUGAAAGGUACGCGCUGAAUGUGUAUUCCGGACUCUUGUUUAAGAGUAGCGUAAAUGAAAACGUAUAUAGUAUAUAUAUAUAUAUUGAGAGGAAUAAUUGACGUUUCCACUACUUUGUAUAUAAUUAUGCAUGAUUGUCGCAUCAAUUAAGAGAGAUAUGCUGGAUGUUUCGUAAAAAUGUCCAUUACCUAAAGAAUAACAGUUUUUUACAUGAUGUGUGUAAAGCACAGUAUUUAUUAAAGUACGAAUCAAUUACAAUGAUGCGACGCGUACAAGAAAAUACAUAAGUAUAUAUGUAUAUAUAAAUCUAUACAUACAGAACAGUGUGUUAAGAGAGUAAAAAAGAUUUGUUUAAUGUUUCAUUAUAUUUUUCAUAACUACUUUUUUCGCUGUGGUACAUGGUUAAAUUGGGAUUAAAAAUGAUAGUACAAACUAAGAUUUCAGUGUCCUUGUUCAAGGACUAUCACUGCCUUUAAGUUGUGUAAAACAUUUUUUCCUAUAAUGGAUAAUUUCGUAUUUUAUCUUGUGUAUAGUUGUUUCUUGAUAAUUUAAUAUAAUUGGAAAUUGAAUUCUUUUAAUGACUUUUACAAAUGAAACAAAAAGUUAUCUGAAUUAGAAUAAAAGAAUUACAUGAAUAGGAAAAAAGUUGCACAAUUCUAGUUCUUAUGAUGAAUUAUUCUAUUAUUAGUAGUAGAGGGUAUUUAAAUUAUUUAUCUUUAAAUUUAAGUAUACGGAUGCUUUUGCAAAAAGAAAAAUGGAUUAACGUCUAUUUAUUUUUAUGUAAAAAUAACAAUUGUUCCUUCUUUUCAAGUAAUUAUUCUUUUGCAGUAGAUAGUUUAAGAAAUAAUGAUAUGAUUUGUGAUCACACAUUAAACACUGGAAUCUUAGUCUUGGAUCCUUAACAAAUAAAUUGACAAUUUGAAUUUGUGUAUAUCAGAAACUAAUAUAAUCAGAAUAGUAUGUUGUAUCUUUGUCACAUUAAACCGUUAUUUUAAUUUAGUAAUAAGUAGGUUUUUUAUAUUCAUUUGCCAAGAAAAUGUAUUACAUUUAUAGAAAACUUAGUAUACGUUAUGUAAUUCCAUAUACAGUGAAGUGUCAACCAUACAUUUCUCACAUACUUAUUUUACUUUCUUUUUUCGUCUCGAAAUUAAUUUCAGCACACUUAAUAGUUUCGUAGAUUUAACUUACAUAGUAUAUUUAUAUCACUUAUCUAUGUGUUAACAUUAAUUUUAUUGCCUAACUACUAAGUGUCGAUCAUUAAUUUACAGCAUAAAAUGUAAAAAUUGUAUAAAACAUUCUUGUUCUAAACAUUUAUUAAAUUGUUAUUGAACUUCUAUGGGUUACCGUUUCUAAAAAUAUUGAAGAAUAGUUCAAAACAAUUGAGCAUAAUUAACCAUUUUUAGAAAUGCGCAGAAUUUUAAGUUAAUGAAUUGUUCGCUUCAUGUUUUUUUUACCCAUAGAAGACCAAAUCAGAGGUCAAAUUGCAACAGAAUCAAAAUGAUGUAUCCUGUACAAAAAAAAAAGUAUAGUUGAUACUACACUGCUUGUAGGUAUCAAAUUUUGUGAUACAUUAAGAAUUUUGUACAAAAAGAAUUCAAGUUGGGUUCGAACGAACUACGAGUGAACAAUAAUUCCUCGAAUACUGAUUGUAAAUUGCGUGUUUUGCUACUAAUUAUAAAAUAGCACUGAUGAUAAAUUAAAACGUUAGUAUCUCUAAA